UAUCAAGAUUUAAGACAUAUAUAACUUGGAACAUUCAGAAGAACAACAUGGGGGAAACUAAGAAAAGAACUGAAACUCAUAGAAUGAGAUGUCUUUCCCAGCUGAAGAUGUUUCUGGUGGCAAUAACAUGUGCAUAUAUAGCCAAAACACUAUCUGGAUCUUAUAUGAAUUCCAUGCUCACACAAAUAGAAAGACAGUUCAACAUCCCGACAUCUUUAGUUGGAUUUAUAAAUGGGAGCUUUGAGAUUGGAAAUCUUUUAUUGAUCAUAUUUGUGAGUUACUUUGGAACCAAACUGCACAGGCCUAUCAUGAUAGGUGUUGGAUGCAUGGUCAUGGGUCUAGGGUGUUUCUUGCAAUCGUUGCCUCAUUUCCUCAUGAACCGAUAUGAAUACGAAUCAACAGUUUCAGUUUCAGGAAAUUUGUCCUCAAAUAAUUUCUUGUGUAUGGAAAACGACACCCAGAUUUUCAGGACAACAGAAGAACCAUCAGAAUGUGUGAAGGAAGUUAAAUCAUUAAUGUGGGUGUAUGUACUGGUAGGAAAUAUUAUACGUGGAAUUGGUGAAACUCCCAUCAUGCCUUUGGGUCUUUCUUACAUAGAAGACUUUGCCAAAUCGGAGAACUCUCCUUUAUAUAUUGGGUUUGUAGAAACAGGAGCUAUCAUAGGUCCACUGAUUGGACUUCUGUUAGCGUCAUUCUGUGCAAAUGUUUAUGUUGACACUGGAUCUGUGAAUACAGAUGAACUGACCAUAACUCCCACCGAUAGUCGCUGGGUUGGUGCAUGGUGGUUUGGCUUUCUUAUCUGCGCAGGGGUGAAUGUGCUCACUUCUAUCCCAUUUUUCUUUUUGCCCAAAAUGCUGCGAAAGGAAGGGCUAAAAGAUAUUGCAGAGGUCAUUAAAAAUGAAAAAGAGGAGAAACAAAGAGAGGUCAAGAAGGAAAAGGAUGGACUUACUAAAGAUUUUUUCCCAUUCAUGAAAAGUCUGUUAUGCAACCCAAUUUACAUGCUUUUCAUACUGAUAAGUGUUCUCCAGUUCAAUGCAUUUGUUAAUAUGAUCUCUUUCAUGCCUAAAUAUCUGGAACAACAGUAUGGGAAAUCUGCUUCGGACGCUAUCUUCUUAAUUGGUAUUUAUAACUUACCUCCAAUAUGCAUUGGAUAUAUAGUUGGUGGUUUGAUUAUGAAGAAGUUCAAGAUUACUGUCAAACAAGCUGCUCACAUAGGAUGCUGGUUUUCUUUAAUUGAAUAUCUUCUGUAUUUUUUAAGUUUUCUCAUGGUUUGUGAAAAUUCCUCAGUUGCUGGCAUAACCACAUCUUAUGAAGGAAUGCAACAAGAUUUAUAUUCUAUCCUUGAUGACUGCAACAUGAACUGCAACUGUCCCACUAAAAUAUGGGACCCUGUGUGUGGAGACAAUGGGUUGUCAUAUAUGUCAGCCUGUCUUGCUGGUUGUGCAACAUCAGUUGGAACAGGAAUAAACAUGGUGUUUCAAAAUUGUAGCUGUAUCCGAACAUCAAGUAAUUCAUCAGCAGUCCUUGGGCUGUGUAGCAAAGGACAUGGCUGUUCCAUGAUGCUCCAGUAUUUUUUAAUCUUGUCUGCAAUCAGCAGCUUCAUUUAUUCUUUAUCUGCCAUACCGGGAUACAUGGUUCUCCUGAGGAGUAUCAAGCCUGAAGAGAAGUCUCUUGGUGUGGGAUUACAUGCCUUUUCCACAAGAGUCUUUGCUGGAAUUCCUGCACCUAUAUAUUUUGGAGCUUUAGUUGACUCCACAUGUUUACAUUGGGGAACCCUGAAAUGUGGUGAAUUGGGAGCAUGCAGGAUAUAUGAUUCUACCAAUUUCAGACAUAUCUACCUUGGACUGCCAGCAGGGCUAAGAGCAUCAAGCUAUAUUCCAGCCUUUUUGGUCCUUUUUUUAUUGAGGAAGUAUCAGCUGCCUGGUGAAAAUGCCUCUUCGGGAACUGUGCUGACGGAGACAAAGGUUACAGGGAAGGAAAAUGAGUGCAAAGAUACACACCAAAAUGCCAAAGAUUUGAAUGAUGGCGAGUUGAAAACUAAACUGUAA